UCUUGUCAGAACCGGAGGAGGUUGGGAAGAAAAGGACUGUUGUGUGUAUCGAGGCAGUCUAGAAAGUGGAACACAAAAUCACUGCCGCUGAAAUGACUGAUCUGGGGGAUCAUACGUCGGCUGUUUAGUGAGGAUGUACGCUUACCACCUUACAAUGGCUGAACAUUGAUUGCGGAGCUUGAGAAGUGGACAAUCCGUGUCGAUUUCUCCUGCCUCACUGGGUGCCGCAUUUCUUGUUGCUUUGGUUUGUUGCUGGCAGCUGCUGGCUUCACACAAUAAUACAAACACACACAGCUGCUAUUGAAAGAGCGGUCUGUCUACACUGAUUCCAAAGACUUCUACAGAAGGAAUUUGUUGAUCGCUGCGUAACUGUUCGGAAUCUUUUUUUAGGUAAAACUCGUCGGCUGUCCAAAAAGCAGGGCCCGACCGUCUUGGGAUGGGACUGGUGCUAGAUGUUCGUUAGCAUGUGCUAACGGUAUCAAAGCCGUGUCUAUGAAGAAGUGGAUUCAGCACCACUACUGCAGAUUACCUUGAGAUACUGUCUAAGUACAACAAACUGUAUUUAACAAAUAGCCUUUUUAAUCAUCCACCUUUUGCGCAAGGUAGAAGAUAUAAAUAUCAUGUAGGAUAUUUUUUGCGCUUUUUGUGGCAAACCUAUUGAAUUUGGGGCUGCAUUGAGGACCAUCACCAUAUUUGUCGAGUGGUUAUUCGGUCUUGGGCGCUGAAGGUUUGCUGUCUUGGGAUAAGAGGAUCAACGAUUCCAGACAGUACCAUGCCCCCCUCUGGCCUACAGCUGCUCCCCACCUAGAGGCCAGAGGUUAGAGGUCCCGCUGCCUCGUGUUUCUGUUGUUGCCGUCACCCCAGAGGAUGCCUGGAAUGUGUCGCGGGCGCAGGAAGUUUCUCGCUGCCUCCCUCGCCCUCCUCUUCAUCCCUGCGCUAACCUGGCUCUACCUAUCUGCUGGAAACUUCCAAGUGAAGCCCCUCCCCCUGUCGCCCCUGGAGACCCAGUCAUCCACAGUAACGUCCAGGGGUGGGGCCUUGGGAGGGGGAGUGGCCAGAGAAGCAUUGGAGCUGCGUGUCCGUGAGGUUGAAGAGGAGAACCGGGUUCUCCGCCGUGAACUCAGCCGACCCCCAAGGAAUCCUGUGGGCAUUGGCCAACGGCCACAUCAUGCCAAUCACCAUGGCAACCAAAGCAAAACUCACUCGGAGGAGGGGACUGGAGACAACGAGGCGGGGCUAAAGGCUGUCACCUCGGGUAACGCUUCAGAGUGUGUCCAACAGCCGCCGGUGGACAAAUGUGAGACCAUUCAUGUGGCCAUUGUGUGUGCCGGCUACAAUGCGAGCCGUGAUGUGGUGACUCUCGUCAAGUCCGUUCUCUUUCACAGGCGGAACCCCCUUCACUUCCACAUCAUAACUGACUCCACGGCGCAGCACAUCCUGGCAUCCCUGUUUCAAACCUGGAUGGUUCCAGCUGUCAGGGUGGACUUCUAUGAUGCCGAUGAACUCAAGUCCGAGGUGUCGUGGAUCCCAAACAAGCACUAUUCUGGAAUCUACGGUCUGAUGAAGCUGGUCCUCACCAAGACGUUACCGCCUGACCUGCAGAAAGUCAUCGUACUGGACACAGACAUCACCUUCGCCACGGAUAUCGCUGAGCUUUGGGCCGUCUUCCACAAGUUCAGAGGUCAGCAGGUUCUCGGUCUCGUGGAGAACCAGAGUGACUGGUACCUUGGGAACCUGUGGAAGAAUCACCGGCCAUGGCCCGCUUUGGAGAGGGGAUUCAAUACAGGUGUGAUUCUGCUGCUGUUGGACCGUCUGAGGAAGCUGAGGUGGGAACAGAUGUGGAGACUGACCGCAGAGAGAGAGCUGAUGAGCAUGUUGUCAACAUCACUGGCUGACCAGGACAUCUUCAAUGCUGUGAUCAAACAGAACCCCUUCCUGGUUCACCAGCUGCCAUGUUUCUGGAACGUCCAGCUGUCUGACCACACCCGCUCAGAGAAAUGCUACAAAGACGUGUCAGACCUAAAGGUGAUCCAUUGGAACUCUCCUAAGAAGCUCCGUGUCAAGAACAAGCAUGUGGAGUUCUUCAGGAACCUCUAUCUCACGUUCCUGGAGUAUGACGGGAACCUGCUGAGACGAGAGCUCUUCGGCUGCCCCAGCGAGACCGAUCACAACAGCGAGAACCUCCAGAAGACCCUGUCUGAAUUGGAUGAGGAUGACCCCUGUUACGAGUUCCGCCGGGAGCGAUUCACCGUCCACAGAACACACCUGUACUUCCUUCACUAUGAGUAUGAGCCCACCUCUGACCACACCGAUGUCACCCUGGUGGCCCAGCUCUCCAUGGACAGGCUCCAGAUGUUGGAGGCCAUCUGUAAGCACUGGGAGGGCCCAAUCAGCUUGGCCCUUUAUCUGUCUGACGCUGAGGCUCAGCAGUUUCUCCGCUACGCCCAGGGGUCCGAGGUGCUGAUGGCCCGGGGGAACGUGGGCUAUCACAUCGUGUACAAGGAGGGCCAGUUCUACCCUGUCAACCUGCUCAGGAAUGUAGCCAUGCGACAGGUCAACACACCAUAUAUGUUCCUGUCGGAUAUCGACUUUCUGCCCAUGUACGGCCUCUACGAGUACCUCAGGAAGUCUGUGGUGCAACUCGACAUGGCUAACAGUAAGAAGGCCCUAGUGGUUCCGGCAUUCGAGACGCUCCGAUACCGCCUGUCCUACCCCAAGUCUAAGGCUGAGCUGCUGUCCCAGCUGGACAUGGGAACGCUCUUCACCUUCAGGUACCAUGUCUGGACGAAGGGUCAUGCUCCCACUAACUUUGCCAAGUGGCGGACGGCAACAACGCCGUAUCGGGUGCAGUGGGAGGGCGACUUUGAGCCCUACGUGAUGGUGAGGAGGGACAGUCCGGAAUACGACCGCCGAUUCGUUGGUUUCGGCUGGAAUAAGGUGGCUCACAUUAUGGAACUAGACGCACAGGAGUAUGAAUUCGUCGUCCUUCCCAAUGCCUAUAUGAUCCACAUGCCUCAUGCGCCCAGCUUCGACAUCACCAAGUUUCGCUCCAACAAGCAGUACCGUGUGUGUCUGAAGACCCUGAAGGAGGAGUUUCAACAAAACAUGUCUAGACGAUAUGGCUUCGCCGCGCUCAAGUACAUGACUGCGGAGAACAACAGCUAGCCACCACUGAUGAGCCGGACACUCUGACCCCUGUUAGGACUACACUCUGACCCCUGUUAGGACUACACCACCCAUGACCCCUCCUCCGAGACACCACAUGGGGGGGGCUAGGUACAGGAGGGACAAAGGGCUAUGGAUCUAAGGAUGGAUUGCCCACAUAGGGAGUCAGAAGUAGACAGAUGUUUCCUGUCAUUUCAGAAUAGACAAACUAAGGCCACGUUUACACAAGCAGCCCAAUUCAGAUAUUUUUUCACACACUGGACUUUUCACCACUGCUGUGAUCAGAUUGUUCCAAACGUCGAUCAGUGGAACCCAAUUCAGAAUCGGGCUGCCUGUAUGAAAACAGUCUUAGACCCCCCAAUAUUCUCUGACCUUUCAGCCAACCAAUCAGGGCUAAGGUUGGAAACUUGUUAACGCUACCCUUUAGUUUAGGGUUAUGACCUUUGGCCUAACCAGUGUGAACCAAUCGGGGUGUAACCAGGGUGGCCGAUUCAAAUACCUUAGCCAACAAGGUAAAAAGUAUGUCAUUGUGCCUUUGAGCAAGGCACGUAACUCUGAUUGCCAUGUAAGUGGCUCUGGAUACCAGUGUCUUCUAAGUGACUCUAUGUAAAUGUGAGAUUGUUAUCCCAAACAUUGUUCUUCCCACAGAGGACGGAAUGGGACCAGCUUCUCUGGGAGAUGCUGCUGGCUGAGGAAGCUGUGUAGGUUUUACUCAGUGUUACGGUAGAUCGUUUCCUCUAGAUGUGGAUGAGGAGACAGCGGCUGUGUUUGGGACUGCCUGGAGCGAUCGACAGCCUUCUGAAACACCGUGAGACUGGCUCUGGCCUUGGACCUGGAAAGCAGACUGACUUUUGUUCUUUCCUUGUGCCACGCCAGGAAGGCCGGCCAAUCACUCCCGGCUGUUAAUUGUUGGGCAAAAUGUAAUAUGUGUGUUUGUGUGCGUGCGUUUGUCUCCCGUAGAAACGCACAGCAAGUGCUAAGGAGAGCCAACGAUAGCUCUGAAGCAUCGUGUGCUUACAUAAUGUCAGCACACUGAAAUUGGAAACCUUUUUUGUGCAAAAAAAAUAAAACAAUAAGAUGAUUUGACUGACA